AGCGUACAAUUCUUCAGUGAUGACUGUUGCACAUGUCCUCGAAUCAAAUCCCUUCAUCAGCCAAUGUCCCUCAAGACAUUUUCUGAAAUUUCCGUUAGUGGCAUCCCUCCGUCUGCUGAGUUCAGUCCUCGAGAAAAGCUCUACUACCUUCAUAGCCCGAAAUCACGGACCUCGUAUCCCCGCUAUGGACGGCACCGGUGGCGGCCAUCGCGACGGCAAGCAACCGGCAACAAGUGAAGGCGAAAACGCCGGCAGGGCGGAGGACGGCGCGGAGGGCCGAGCGGAAGGCGGUGCUCCCGCUGGUGCUGGAGGUCCUCGUCCACAAAAUAAUACGCUAACGAUUAGCGGCUUGAUAGAGGGCGACCUGUUGGUCAUGGCUGCAGCAGACAGCGCUGACGACGGUAGUGAAAGCGGUUGCAGCGGCGGUGAGAUUGGUGUGUGGGUGGAGGCGCUGAUGCACUGCCCCCACGUGCUCGCCCCCGACGCCUCGCUGCUCCCCCCGGACUCUGUUCCGCCCUUCGACUCGCUCUGCCAUAGCUGCAAGGACGGGUCGGAGAACUGGGUGUGUCUGUCGUGUGGCGUGGUGGCGUGUGGGCGGUACGUGGGGGGGCACAUGCUGCAGCACAUCACCGAGACAGGACACCCCGUGGCUGCUGGCUUCAGAGACCUCUCGGUGUGGUGCUUCCGCUGCGAUUCAUACCUGGACGCCAUUCGUAUCCCUGCCCUAGAACCCCUCUUCGCCGCCCUGCACGUCGCCAAGUUCGGCCAGCCGCCUGCCAAGCCAUCCUCAUAACUGUCAACUGUCACACACACACACACACGAGUCAGACUCUCACACACAGUCCCAAUCUCAGGGAGUGCCCACGCCUGCCUGAUCGAGACUGGAUAAUAUCUAUCGGAACUACUUACAGAAAUGCUCAAGUACGAAUUUAUCACAACACUCCCCUUCAUUUUUGGAAGUCCGAUAGUGUCACUUCUUGAUAAUUCAGCAGAGCUCGUGGCAAUACUGGAACUUCUGACGUGUCAGCUUCUUGGUGAGAAAAUCUGCAGCCAUUUCAUUGGUCGAGUAGUAGACCAAUUGCAGUAUCCCCUUUUCAAAUUCAUCCUUGACGAAGAAGUAUCGUAGCGAAAUGUGUUUUGUCCUGUUGGCAAAGCCCGGUUUGUGCGCAAUUCUGAUCGCACUUUGGUUGUCGCAUUGCAGGGUGAACUGUGUACUUGUCGUCAAUUUCGCUUUCUCUAGUAGCUGUUGUAGAUACAGACCUUCGCGAGUAGCUGUGCAAGCAGCUAUAAACUCGGCUUCAGCAGAUGAUAGAGCUAUGUGCUCAUGAUAGUCCAGAUAGGUUCGAGGAGAUAGGUUUGUAGAAUUCCAAGAGAUACCGUAAUCCCCCGGAUAUAAUACCCGCCGGAAUAGUCACUCCAUGGGUGGUUAAUACGGGGGGGAGCUUAUGAUAUGGUGCAUUUUUUAGAGUACCCGCUUUUCAGGUGACGAAUUUUACAUAACGCCCCCCUA